ACCCACUCACGCCCUAGUUUCAGCAUCUCUGUGACUGUCUUAGGAAAAAGAACAGAAAAGAGAAACCUCAGGAUCUUCGAAGUGUUGGAACAUCAGAUCAACAAUGGUAACGAUUAAGGCUGUUAAAGCUCGUCAGAUUUUUGACAGUCGCGGAAAUCCCACCGUUGAAGCUGAUAUUGUGCUCUCUGAUGGAACCUAUGCUAGAGCUGCCGUUCCAAGUGGUGCUUCCACUGGUGUCUAUGAAGCUUUAGAGUUGAGAGAUGGAGGAUCAGAUUAUCUUGGGAAAGGUGUACUUAAGGCUGUAGGUAAUGUCAAUUCUAUCAUUGGACCAGCCUUGAUUGGCAAGGACCCAACAGAGCAGGUUCAAAUCGAUAAUUUCAUGGUACAAGAGCUGGAUGGAACUGUUAAUGAAUGGGGUUGGUGCAAACAGAAGCUCGGAGCAAAUGCUAUAUUGGCAGUGUCACUUGCUGUUUGCAAAGCAGGUGCAAUGGUUAAGAAGAUCCCUCUUUAUCAGCACAUUGCAAAUCUUGCUGGAAACAAGACCUUGGUUUUGCCAGUACCUGCAUUCAAUGUCAUCAAUGGAGGUUCCCAUGCUGGAAAUAAACUGGCAAUGCAGGAAUUCAUGAUUCUCCCUGUUGGGGCAUCAUCUUUCAAGGAAGCCAUGAAAAUGGGUGUAGAAGUGUAUCAUCACCUGAAGUCUGUGAUUAAGAAGAAGUAUGGACAAGAUGCCACCAAUGUUGGUGAUGAAGGUGGCUUUGCUCCUAAUAUUCAGGAAAACAAAGAGGGCCUUGAACUGCUCAAGACAGCGAUAGCCAAAGCUGGAUAUACUGGAAAGGUUGUGAUUGGGAUGGAUGUUGCUGCGUCAGAGUUUUAUAACGACAAGGACAAGACCUAUGAUUUGAAUUUCAAGGAAGAGAACAAUGAUGGAUCACAGAAGAUAUCUGGAGACAGUCUAAAGAAUGUAUACAAGUCAUUUGUGGCUGAUUAUCCAAUUGUGUCCAUCGAGGAUCCAUUUGAUCAAGAUGAUUGGGAACACUAUGCUAAGAUGACUGGUGAAGUUGGUGAACAGGUGCAAAUUGUUGGUGAUGAUCUACUUGUCACAAACCCCAAGCGUGUGGAGAAAGCAAUUAAGGAGAAGGCCUGCAAUGCCCUUCUAUUGAAGGUGAAUCAAAUUGGUUCUGUAACUGAAAGUAUUGAAGCUGUGAAAAUGUCUAAACAUGCUGGGUGGGGUGUCAUGGCAAGCCACAGAAGUGGUGAAACUGAGGAUACUUUCAUUGCGGACCUUUCAGUUGGAUUGUCCACUGGACAAAUCAAAACUGGAGCUCCUUGCAGAUCAGAACGCCUUGCAAAAUACAACCAGCUUCUCAGGAUAGAGGAAGAGUUGGGAUCUGCAGCAGUAUAUGCUGGAGCAAAAUUCAGGGCACCGGUUGAACCUUACUAAAGCAUUACCAGUCUUACUGAGCAAAAUUCAGUACCUCUAAAUAAGCUCGAGCUUAGUGCUUGUACUGUGCAUCAUAUAGUUUUUGCUUGGUAGUGAAGGAUGUUUUUGCCAUCGCGGCUAGUUGCUUAGAUUACCUGAGGGCGUGAGUUCUGGACGUUUCGCAGCUGGUUUUCGUUUUGAUUGUUAAUAAUAUGCUUAAACUGUGAGUUAUCACAAAGUUUUGAGUAUGUUCAAGUUCUAAAAACAUAUUUUCCA